UCCCCCUAGCGGCCCCCUGGGGUACUUCAGAGAAAUAGAAGUUAUCCAAAGUCGGUCGAAUUCUCCAAGACUGCGGAUCACUUGUACUUCAUCUAACCCAGCGAGCGACGGUUUCGGACGGCGAGGAGAACGAGGUCGCAGCGUUGCCAUGGACGCAGAGCAAGGAGCUCAAGGAGUCCCUGGUGGACAUGUAUAAAGCUAAUCCAAACGUCAACCAGGAGCUGAGACAGUGGCUGUCCCCAACUCACGGCUGCAGCGGCGCGACCCACAGCCUCCCGCCAGGGUUAACUGGGUACACUGGAGCCGUGCUGCCCAAACCCCAGGACACAUUCCAAGGCGUCAUCUGUCUGCAACGCUCCUCCUCCAGUCCAGCUCCAGUUCCAGGCAUCAUGGAGGCGUCCCCUAGCCCCGCCCCUUUCACCCAGACAGACACCACAGGCCACGCCCCCUCCCUCCAGGCGGACGGUGGUGGCCACGCCCCCCUGGCCUCCCCGGACACCAGAUCCAGAGGUCUGAGCAGAGAGAAGAACGUUUCUUUUCUGUUGAAGGAACUCGACUCUCUGAGGGCCGUCAACAGCAAGCUGCAGCUCCAGCUGGUCCACCAGCAGAAGGAGGUGGAGGAGCAUCAGCUUGGAGAGGAGUUCAGCACCUCCCCUCAACUCCUCCCUCAAGCUGUCUUCCAGGAGCUGUGCGCCGCCCAACGGGAGCGGGACCAGGCUCUGAUGUCACGGCUGCGUCUGGCCAAUGAGGAGCGAGAUGAGGCCCUGCUCCGUGCAAAACGGCUCCAGCAGCAGGAGGAGAUGGAGGAUGUAACCCCAGCGUUUAAUAUGGACCAGGACGUGGAGGAGGUCCUGGGGGGCCUGGCGGAGGCGGACUCGGCCCGCUCCGUCCAGCAGACGGGGGCGGUCCUCCUGGCUCUGCUCCAGAAGGCCCGGCAGCGCCACCGCGACAUCACCACGCAGGAGAUGACGGUCCUGAUCGACGAGAGGGACCGCACCGCCACCAAGUUGAAUCGUCUGGAACUACUGACCAGAGAAAAGAACCAGGCAGCACACGACGCCUGCAAGGAGGAGCUGGAGAGAGCGGAGCGGGAGAGAGACCAGGCGCUGGAGCAGCAGCAGCAGCUGGAGGGGGAGAUCAGCAGGCUCCAGGGCGGGUCGCGGCGGGCCCUGGGCCACGGGGUCUCCCCGGCCGCGGGGCCCAGAGAGGGGGGCGAGAUGCUGGGUAGCACUGCAGGCCAGGAGGCCGCGCUGACCCAGAGCUCCCAUCCCUCCAGGCAGCAGCAGGACCUGGAGCAGAGGCUGCAGGCCUCCCUACAGGCAGAGGGGGAAGCCUGCGCAAAGAUACAGAAGUUGGAGCGGCUGGUGGAGGUGUUGAGGAAGAAGGUCGGAACCGGCAGCCUCCGCUCAGUCGUCUGACCCCGACGACCUCCUGACCUCCUGACCCCCGAUGACCUCUUGACCUCCUCCUCCUCUCCCAGGGGGUUUGGGGUCGUUUCAUUUAUAUAUUCCCGUCUAGCAUUACAAACACUACACAAUACUAUAUUUAUUAUCGAAAUAAGAAUUUCUGGUAUUCCCAACACGAUAUAACAUUAUAUUUAAUUAUUUGAAUAAGAAUAUCUAGUAUUAUAUACACUAUACUACAUUAUAUAUCAAAAUAUUCAUAUUUUUGUAAUAGUUCGAAUAUGCCGUACUCGUGUUCCAAACCCAACAUUUGUAUUGAUUGAUUCUGGUAUUAUCGGAGAGUAUUAUUAAGGUCAACGUUGCUUCAUUCCUUUUUAUUGUCCUUGAUAAUCAUUAUUAUUAGAUCAUUAAACAUGUGCCCAAUAUUCUGGAGUGGUUCUAAUGGAGAAGUUUGUGCGUUCCUCUGGGCUAUGAUUAGUUUUAGUCUUGGUGGUGGAAAGUGUCUCCUCUCAGUGUUUUAAGUUUUAAGUGUUUUAAUAUAGAGCGACAUGCUCAGGGACUCGCUUUUCAUUUCCUCUGAUUAAAAACACGUGGGCCUACUUUGGUUUCCCCAAACAAUUUGACUCUAAAUAAAUCACUGCCUUU